AUGCAAUCGAUACAGUUGUCUCGGAGACUUGUUUUAUUGACCGAUGAAUACUUCAUAGAGGCUGAGUCGGAGCAUGGCUUCGAGUGGAUCAUGAGAGAGUACUUUUACGGAGUUUAUUGCUUUGUCCUGAGCUCUUUUGGAGAAAUGAUACAGGCUUUGCGUGCUUGCUUGCCGGGUCCAGAUGAAGAGGGUUCACCUCAACGCACAGCACUCGAGAUCUGA